AUGUUGUCCAAGAAUCACAGCCAUGUGACUAUGACUCUUGAAGACUUUGAAAAGUCACUGGCCGAGGGCAAGAACGAGGAAGAGAAGAUCAAGUCUAGUCAUGGACACGAGGGAAGCAGAAAACAUCACAGGCAUCAUAGGAAGCACCAUGGCGAUGGAGAAGAUCAUCGCAGGCACAAGAGGGCGAAGCGUUCCACCAGCAGAGAUGACAACAACAGGGCGCAUGGCAAUCGCAAGAUAUCACUAGGAUUUAGGGGGGAGCGUACGAACCGUGGGGCCUCACAAGGCGAAGGUGAGACAGAGGACCCAGCUACUUGGGGGCCAGCGAAGAAUGACGGUCACAUCCCAACCUCAGAUUCCAUCGGUGAAACAAAGAGAGAUUCUUGGAUGGAACAACCCUCUGCCUCAGAUAUUGACUACACACAAAAGGGUGUCAGGGAGCCAUUUGAGCCAAUCACGUCAAGACCGUCAAAGGCCGACUUUGAGCUCAAAAUCCAUGAAAACGAGUUGAACAAGCAUCAUCUACAAUAUCUGGCUGAUGGCAGAGACAUCUCGGAAGAUUUUAUUGAGAAGCCCGCACAACACGAGGUCGACUACGUCUUUGGUGAUGCAGGAGCUCAUUGGCGGAUGAGCAAGCUGAACCGUGUCUACAAACAGGCAGAAGAAACUGGGAAACCCGUAGACGAGAUGGCGGAAAAACAAUAUGGAGAUUUAAGAACGUUUGACGAUGCUAGAGAAGAGCAGAUAGAGCUCGACAGGAGAGACACUUACGGUGAAGGCUAUGUGGGGAAGGAAAAGCCAAGUGGUGAGCUGUUUGAGGAGCGAAAGUUAGAUACAGGUCUGCGAAACAAGGGUUCCGGGCCGGAGCAUGAUGAGCCGGAUGUGCAAGAACUUUCUCGUGAGAUUGAUACAGAGAAGCCACUUGCAACGACCGUGCCAUUGGACCAGACUGCGCUGAAUAGACUCAAGGCACAGAUGCUGAAAGCCAAAGUCCGAGGUUCAUCCAACGCUGCUAUAUUGGAAGCUGAGUACAACAAUUCUAUGGCUGCUUUGGCCAAGAGCAAACAACCUGACAUAGUUGUCCUUGGGGCCAUGCAUAACAGGAUGUUGACUGGGUCGCGUGAAGGCGAGGUCAAUAGGAUCGACAACAAACGGGGUCGGGAGAGGGGCCUAGUAGAAGAGAAUGAAGACAUGAGCAUUGAAGAUAUGGUCCGGCAAGAGCGGCGAUUGCGCAACCAGGCUGGUGGAGAUGGACAACGUUUCGCAGAGAGGAUAGCUAAGGAUGCGAAAUUUGACGUACGUAUUCCUUUCCAAACAAAUGAGAGUUCGCUGACUCUCACUCAGAACGAUUUGGACUACAUGGACGAGAACGCCAACAAGCUUGCGAAGCGUGUACAACGGUCUGAGAUCAAUCUCAAGAAUACGGCAAUAUCCGAUCUUCAGAUGAUGAACCGCAUUUUGGACAAUUGCCCUCUCUGCCAUCACGAAAAUACAAAUACGCCUCCAGUUGCGCCAAUUGUAUCUCUAGCCACUAGAGUCUACCUCACUCUUCCUACAGAGCCCGAGAUCAGUGAGGGCGGAGCAUGCAUCAUACCGGUGCAACAUCGAGGCAAUCUCUUGGAGUGCGAUGACGAUGAAUGGGAAGAGAUCAGAAAUUUCAUGAAGAGUCUCACUCGAAUGUAUCAUGACCAUGGCAGAGAUGUCAUUUUCUACGAAAAUGCCGCAGUACCACAGCGAAAGAAGCAUGCUGGCAUGGAAGUCGUGCCACUACCGUACAGCCUUGGGGAGACCGCACCAGCGUUCUUCAAGGAGGCAAUUCUUACAUCUGACGAGGAGUGGACGCAACACAAGAAGAUCAUUGACACGCUUUUCAAGGCCAAGCAAGGUCAGGGUAAAACGGCUUUCCGACGGACGCUAGCCAAGGAGAUGCCGUACUUUCAUGUGUGGUUCGAAAUCGAUGGUGGAAUUGGUCACAUUGUGGAAGAUGCUAAUCGAUGGCCAAAAGGUGAUCUUUUUGCUAGGGAGAUCAUAGGUGGUAUGCUCGAUGUUGCUCCCGACAUUGUGAAGAGGCAAGGCCGGUGGAACAGAGGCGGAGAUAGGAGGGUCGAUGGAUUUAGGAAGAGAUGGGAGAAGUUUGACUGGACGAGGGUCUUAACAGCUUCAUGA